GCUGAGUUACAAAUGGGCUCUUCUAGUCACGUAUGAAUGGAAUCGGGCCGGUGAAUGCUGAUUCCCACAUUCUGAGCCAUGCUGGAUCCAAGAGCGCGCUUAGCGAGCCCAGCCCCUUCGCCGAGAUAGCCAUGAACAGCUGCAAAUACAACGGAGGCGUCAUCCGACCGCUAAGCAGCCUGAGCACGUCUUCCCACCGCAACCUGCACGAGGCGGAUGCCGAGACUCAGCCCCUGCAGACCUUCCACGACUCCGGCUUGGAGGUGGUCGUCUCCAAGUCCGAGCACAGCAAGGCCUCGGAAACCCGGCCGGACGAGGAUUCGGAGUCCUGCUCCCGCCGCCACAAGAAGAACCAGAACGUGGGCUACCGGCUGGGCCACCGGCGGGCCCUCUUCGAGAAGCGGAAGCGGCUGAGCGACUACGCCUUGAUCUUCGGCAUGUUUGGCAUCGUGGUCAUGGUGACGGAGACCGAACUCUCUUGGGGCGUCUACACAAAGGAGUCCUCAUAUUCAUUUGCCCUGAAAUGCCUUAUCAGCCUCUCCACCAUGAUUCUCCUAGGACUCAUCAUUAUGUACCACGCCAGAGAGAUCCAGCUCUUCAUGGUGGACAACGGUGCCGACGACUGGCGCAUCGCCAUGACAUACGAGCGGAUUUUCUUCAUCACCCUGGAGCUGGUGGUCUGCGCCAUCCACCCCAUUCCAGGACAGUACUUCUUCACCUGGACGACCCGCCUGGCCUUCACCUACGCCACCUCGGAAGCCAACACGGACGUGGACAUCAUCCUCUCCAUCCCAAUGUUCCUCCGGCUCUACCUAAUCGGGCGGGUCAUGCUCCUGCACAGCAAGCUGUUCACGGAUGCCUCCUCCCGUAGCAUCGGGGCCCUCAACAAGAUCAACUUCAACACCCGCUUUGUCAUGAAGACCCUCAUGACCAUUUGUCCUGGGACUGUCCUGCUGGUCUUCAGUAUCUCCUCCUGGAUCAUCGCGGCCUGGACGGUGCGCGUGUGCGAGAGGUACCACGACAAGCAGGACGUAACCAGCAAUUUCCUGGGAGCGAUGUGGCUCAUUUCCAUCACGUUUCUCUCCAUCGGCUAUGGGGACAUGGUCCCACACACCUACUGCGGGAAAGGAGUCUGCUUGCUCACUGGGAUUAUGGGCGCCGGGUGUACAGCCUUAGUAGUCGCCGUCGUGGCCCGAAAACUUGAACUCACCAAAGCUGAGAAGCACGUCCAUAACUUCAUGAUGGAUACGCAGCUCUCAAAGCGGGUGAAAAAUUCUGCAGCCAACGUACUCAGGGAAACGUGGCUCAUUUACAAGCACACCAAGCUGGUGAAGAAGAUCGACUGUGCCAAAGUGCGGAAACACCAGCGUAAGUUCCUCCAAGCCAUCCAUCAGUUGAGGAGCGUCAAAAUGGAGCAGCGGAAGUUGAGCGACCAGGCCAACACUCUGGUGGAUUUGUCCAAGACGCAGAACGUCAUGUACGACAUGGUGUCGGAACUGCAGGAGCGCAACGAGGACUUGGAGAAGCGCAUCAGCGCCCUGGAGGGCAAGAUUGAUCGGCUGGGCCUCACCCUCCACGCCCUGCCCAGCCUCGUCACCCAAGCCAUACGCCGGCAGCAGCAGCAGCAGCAGCAGCGGCCCAGGACCCGCUCCAACCCGGAGGGCGCUGAGGACCGCAACCUGAGCGCCCAGGCCAGCGUGGGCAGCCGCAGCGAAGGGGAAGGCGAGGCGGCCAGCAGCUCCGAUAGUCCGCCGAGCGCCGGCGUCCCAGCCCCGGCGUCCAACGGCAAAGGCUGGGCACCCCCGGCACCGCCGGCAGAGUUCCAGGUCCGCACGCCGCGGGUGAACUGCCCGGAGAAGGUGAUUAUCUGCUUGGACCUCUCAGAGGAAAUGUCGCACCCUAAACUGGAGUCCUUCAACGGGUCCAAGACCAACGCUUUGAACGUCUCCCAGAAGAUGAUUGAGAUGUUUGUCCGGACAAAACACAAGAUCGACAAGAGCCACGAAUUCGCGCUGGUGGUAGUGAACAAUGACGUCACUUGGCUUUCAGGCUUCACCUCAGACCCCAGAGAAGUCUGCAGCUGUCUGUACGACCUGGAGACCGUGGUGUGCAAGUCCUUCAAUCUGGAAGGUCUUUUCAACCUCAUACAACAGAAGACGGAGCUGCCCGUCACGGAGAACAUCCAAACCAUCCCACCGCCUUACGUGGUCAGGACCAUCUUGGUAUACAGCCGCCCGGCUUGUGAGCCCCCGGUGUCCGUGACGGACCAGAUGAAGAAAAUGCUUCAGUGCCCUUACUACUUCUUUGACGUGCUGUACAUCCACAACGGCGUGGAAGAGAAAGAGGAGGAAACCAGCUGGAAGGAGACCUUUGCCUUUUUCAGCAACCUGGACGCGAAAGGCACCAAUUACAAGUACGAGGUGCCUCUGACGGGCCCGGCCGUCGAGCUGCACAACUGCAUGGCCAAAUUGCUGUCCCAUCCGCUGCAGCGUCCGUUCCAGACCCAUGCUUCAUACAGCAUGUUGGAGGAGGAGGAGGUGCCAGAAAUCGAAGCCGUAGUCUGACCAGCUUGAAUCGUGGGGUGGGGGGUGGGGGGGCAGAAGCAGGGAGAAGGAACCUGAGGGUCGGGGCGUGCCCGGACUGUGUACGUGCUUUGAUUUGGUGUUAACAGGGAUUAAACUGGGGUGUGUACAGGAUCUUUCUUUUGAUUAGUACGAUUGAUGUCUGUCAAUACAACUUUUACAAGUU